AUGAAUUACUACUCCUCCUCCUCCUCUGCGGCUGCAACGGCGCUCGUUCGGCGUGCUUGUGCUUGUGCCUGCCGGGCGACAGGGCCGUCAGCUCUCACACUCUCGCCGCAAUUGAUUGCUCGUCGAUGGGCGGCGACUCGCAGUCUGUCGCGAUCCCGCAGGACCUCCGUGCGGCAGCAGCAACAACAGCACCGAGCAUUCUCCUCGACAUGUCUCCUACACCAAGCGCAGCCUGUCAGUGACCUUCCGCCAACGUCCUCAGAAGGGCUUGACGCCUCGAUCCUGCACAAAGCCAGCGCCGGCGGAGCGAAUGUUGCCCCGAGCGUACUCUCACGAGCACCGACGGAUCCCAACGUAAAAAAAUCCUCAUCUGCCUCCAUACCACAGAACCCACCAUAUACGCCCCCGGCUCCCUCAUCCCCCAAAGCGAAAACCACGGCCCCCUCGUCCUGGGACCCCUCGCUGAUCUACCCUUCGGCCACGCACGAGAUCCCGGAUGCGGACGCAGAGUUCCUCUCGACGUCGCCGACGCUGGUGGGGACGGUGACGCGGACGGGGACGAUGCAGAAGACGGUGCGGGUGACGCGGCACAUCCAGGUGUGGCACGCGCAGUUCCAGAAGCACUACACGCGGGCGACGCACAGCUUGGUGCACGACGCGCACAACCUGCUGCGCGAAGGCGACGUGGUGCGGUUCGGCGCAUUCCCACCGUCGCUGCGCCAGGCGCGCGACGCCCGCGGCCAGCUCGUGGUCAAGCGCCACCGGCCCCGUGACCGCAACGGCGUCGUCAAGGAGAAGGGCGUGCGCUACGUCGUCCGCGACGUGCUUACUCCCUUCGGUGUGCCCGUCGAGCAGCGUCGGGAGAGGAGCGUGGGCAGUGAAGCGGGCAGAUGGCGCGGGACGGAGGGCGAGGUGAAGAAACUGGCCCUGAGGCAGAAGGGGAGGAGGGACGGUGGCAAAGGUAGUAGUAGCGGCAGCGCCAGCAAGAAACACCGGGCGAAUGCGAAUCAGAGUGCUGCCGUGGACCAGGAGAGGUAG